AUGACGCACGGGCCAGGGAUAUCAAUCGGACUUGGCUUGUCUAGAGCAGUGAACAUGUUCCAGGCUCUUCAACCCCAUCCGGAGGACUACCUCCAUCUUCGGCUUCACCGAGCUCGGUCAGUCGUUCUGACCAGUAAUGAACUCACCGAGAUCCGCGCCGCCCAGCGAACCUUCGAGGGGGCGUACAUGCGGACGGCCAUAAGCCAGUUCUCGUUUGCACUCAUCAUCCUCCGCAUCUUCACGUCCGAGUUCUACCCCAUCGGCGCCCUCUUCGCCGCCUACGGCGCCACCAUCAUCCUCGUCGCCAUCUACCGCCGCUCCGAGGGCAACCGCCAGUUCUUCGACCUCGAGGAGACCCGGGAAGGGUCGUCCCCCGAGGACGGCGACCGCGACGGCGGCGGCAGCGGCGGCGACGAGGAGGAGGAAGAGGAGGGCCGCCACCGCAGCCGCGACCGCCGGCCGCCCGGCAACGGCGGCAACGGCCACGCCUCCAGCCGCUCCUCCGCGUACGCCCGCAACAUCCGCCGCCACUCCGUCGUGAUCAAGAAGUUCCGCACUAGCGGCAACAGCGUGGCCAUGCUGACGGUGCUGAGCCUGGGGGCUUACAUCUGUCUGACGGUGCUGAUCUGGAGGCUGAAGUAG